AUGCCACUUGCCCGUGCUGCCGCUGUGUCUGCCAGCACCGGCUCGAGGAUCGCAGAGCCCGCGGUCCCAAGUAUGCUGGCAUGUCUGGAGCUCGCCUGGAUUGGAGCCAGCAGCAAAUUUCCUGUGAAACGCUACAACCUCCUUGUGCCGGACAUCUUCCCUCGAAAGCCUCCUGCUUUCGCAGACCGCAUCGAUCCUGCCACAGAAAGGAAGUACAAGAAACUCUAUGAGUAUGUGGAGAAGAAUCCCCACCGUGGAGAGAAGGUGUCCAGACGACUUGCUCGCAAGAUCUAUCAGGACAUGCGAUCUCAGAGGCACGGCAACGUGCAAAUAGCAGUCAAUGCCUAUAUCUACCUCCUUCAGCACCUGCCUUCAGGCAGUUCCAGCCUCCUUGCCAGGGAGGUGGUGCUGCAGCACGUGGGCAAAGGGAAGGACAGUCUGUCUAGCGAUCCUGCAACAGCAACCUCCAGUGUGGUGGGCACGCUCCUUCAGAGCCAGUUCCUGGAGAUCAGGAUUCUUGGAGCUCGGUUGCUGGCAGCAUUUGUGCAUGUCCAGGCUGGUCUGGAUUACUCUCAGCAUCUGCAGAUUUUUGUGCCGUUGCUCUGUGAGGGCCUUCCUGGGGCCUCAGAACACCUCGUGAGCCUGAGAGGUCAGGAGUUCAGCGCACAGAGUUCUGCCGACCUGACUGUCGCCUCAUUAGGCGCCCUCCGAGAGUACAUCCUGUUCAGCUCGCGAACGGCCUCCUCCUCUGCAGCGCUGGAGCAGCCUGUGCGAAGAGUGCUGGAGUUUCUGGAGGCCAACUCGCCCCUCGAAGAGUCCCUUGAAAAUGGCGGCCUUGAAGCCGCGCAGACGGCGCCUCGGCCCGCGGCUGAACAUGCCCCGGGCGUGGAUGCAGCCAUUCAGUACGUGCGGGAGCUCUUCAUCUUGUGCCAGGACGCUGUUGAGGGGCGGCGCAUAAUAGCUUUCGUGCUGCGCUAUUUGGAUGAGGAACAGCUCUGGAGCAAGGACGCGCGGUUCGCUGCCGCCAUCAUGGGUCUCCUAGAAGAGGUCUGCCACAAGGAGGGUCAGGACUUUCUGCUGUUCAGCGCGGUACUGCAGCAUCUGCAUGCAGAGCCGCGGCCGAGUGCGGCGGCAGAAGCGGCUCUGCUGCAGCGCGCCAGAGCCCAGGCUGCCAGCCUCCAGAGCUUUUUCGCCAUCCCGGCCCUCAUCGCAUGCCUGAAGGAACUGCCAGGUGUGAUGUCCCCUGUUGAGAGCACAGAUGUCUUCCCAUACGUGCCAGAUGCAGCUCAGCCUCCUGCUUCAGGCGUGUCUGGCGAGUGCCUGGGCUUGGUGCACGAGCUGGCAGCUGCGGUGGGGGACAGCACGCACGUGCUGGAGUCCGUUGGGGGCAUCUCUGCGCGCUACUUGGCCGACCAAGCCGCCGCCGAACAGGCUACUGACUGCUUCAUGGCUGCCGUCCGAGGCGUCUCACAGAAAGGCGGCGCAGUGGUGGGGCCGAUCUUCCCCAAGCUGCUGGCGCAACUUGUGGCGGCGGCGAUGGCGGGGCGGGGCCGGCCGGUGGCGCGGCGGCUGAAGGUGCACGCGCUCGGGGCGGCGGCCGCGGCGCUGGUGGAGGGACACCUCCGAGACGGGCACCAGCUGCUGCUGUGGAGCGCUGCUUGGGCCGAGGUGGCUGCGGACGACAACACGCCGGCGGUGUUUGCCUCGCUGGACGCCUUGCUGGCAUCUCUUGUGCGGCUGGCGUCCCCGGACGCUGUGGUCGCCGCGCUGCGCUGGGCGCUGUCGCUCCGUGCGGCUGCCCUGCAGGCGCGCGGGCGCUUCACCACAUUCCUGCCUUUUAUUGAGGGUGGAUCAGGGCACCUGGCGGCUGUGACACCGGCGCGGCGGCUGACGCUGCUGUUUCUGCACAACGCGCUGGUGGCGCGACUGGCUGCUGCCAUGCUGACAAAAGCGGGACUGCAUGCUGAGGACACGCGCGCGGGCUACACUCCGGUGGACGAUGAAAGGGCUACCUCAGUGCUGGCAUCCCUGCGACCAAAGGAGCUGCCCAGCAGCGACCUUGCGGAGAAAGCAGCAUCUUUCUUGGAGCUCUCACCGUGCCUCCGAGGCACUAAUCUGGCGGAGCACCUGUCUGAGGAGCUGCGAAAGCCUUUCCAGGCAAUCUCCUUCGAUGCCACAGGCCGCCACAAGGCCGAUGAGUCAUCCUCCAGCAGCGCUGACCUGGCUGCGCGCCUGAACGCCAUUUUUGCCGCCGAGCCGCCACCCAACCCGGCAUACACCCUCAGAAAUACCCACCCGGAGGCUGGGGUUGCGUCUGAUUCACAGGGCAACAGUGAGAAUGGUGUGCCACAGAUAGAUGCAGCAGAGCUGCUGGCUGCUGUGGACAGGCUCAUGCAGAACGGUUCUGCCUUGGCUGCGGAGUGA